AUGGGGGGCAGCCUGCGGGUGGCAGUUCUGGGCGCCCCGGGAGUGGGCAAGACGGCCAUCAUCCGCCAGUUCCUGUUCGGUGACUACCCUGAGCGCCACCGGCCCACGGACGGUCCCUGCCUCUACCGGCCCGCGGUGCUGCUCGACGGCGCGGUCUACGACCUGAGCAUCCGGGACGGGGACGUGGCUGGCCCCGGCCCGAGCCCCGGAGGUCAUGAGGAGUGGCCGGACCCUAAGGACUGGAGCCUGCAGGACACGGACGCUUUUGUGCUGGUCUACGACAUCUGCAGCCCGGACAGCUUCGAUUACGUGAAGGCCCUGCGGCAGCGCAUCGCGGAGAACAGGCCGGCGGGCGCUCCCGAGGCUCCCAUCCUGGUGGUUGGCAACAAGCGGGACCGGCAGCGCCUGCGCUUCGGACCUCGGCGUGCGCUGGCCGCCCUGGUGCGCCGGGGAUGGCGCUGCGGCUACCUCGAGUGCUCGGCCAAGUACAACUGGCACGUGCUGCGUCUCUUCCGUGAGCUCCUGCGCUGCGCCCUGGUGCGUGCCCGCCCUGCGCACCCGGCCCUGCGCCUGCAGGGGGCGCUGCACCCGGCGCGCUGCAGCCUCAUGUGAGCGGACAGCGCGAUCUCCUCCCCGAUUGGACAACCGGAGGUCCCGCCCCGUCUCCUAGGCAACAGGCUUCUCUUUGAACUUCAUUGGACCCAGCCAGACCCACGCCCCAUUGGAUAAGAUCAGUCUUUUCUGGGACUUCAUUGGGUCGCUGCCCCACUGAUUAAAGACUCGACUAUGAAUGUGAUUAGAAGCACUCAGACUGCUCCUGGAGCUUCUUUGGACGCACUUUUUAAGCCACGCCUCUCACGAGGUAAUAAAAAACAAUUUAAGCGCA